UAAAUGCCAUGUCCUACUUCUGUAGCAUCUGCGCCAUAAACUAAAACUAACUACCUUACUUGCAUCAUAUAAUUUACCUCAACUUACUUCAACCAUUGUAAUAAUAAUUUCUCGCAAGCAAUGUCACUCAAAACCAAAGUCUCUACCGGUCUCGAAGCGCCUAAUGCGCUGCAUUCUCAAGCCAUUAUCAGCAAUGGCAUGAUCUACUGCUCCGGCAGCGUCGGCGUAGAUUUGAAGACGAAGAAAUUCGUCGAAGGCGGAGUCGGUGCGCGAACUGCACAAGCAAUCCGCAACCUCGCCCUGAUCCUCGAGAAGGCGGGCAGUCACUUGAACAACACCGUCAAGGUCAAUGUCUUUUUGACGACCAUGGACGACUAUGAUGAAGUCAACAAGGUGUAUAGGACCUUUUUUGCGGCUGAGCCAAAGCCGGUGCGCACGUGCGUGGCAGUCCACCAGCUGCCAUUUGGAACUGAUGUGGAGGUUGAACUCGUUGCCCAUGCGGGCACGACUACCCAGGCCAAGCUGUAGAUUUCCUAGCAAUGAAACUGAGGUUAUGAGAGGGUAUAAACAAUGUAUAUAUGUACAUCUGAUAUCUCUGUAAAUAUGCAACAAGAUCAGAACAAAAAAUCGUAUAUGCAUGAAACAGAAUUAAUAUAUGAAAUAAAAAAAGAAAAAGAAAAAGAAAAAAAGAUAAUUAUAGCUUCGCCCGC